GAAUCCAUCCAGCUCACCCAGGUCUCCACGACAUGGCAGCAGCAUCAGUAGUUUCUGAUAGUGACGCCCCCGAAAGAAGCUCAGCAAAAGAAAAGAACCAGAAAGGAAAGGAAAAAAACGAAGAGUCCGAAGGAGGGGAAGAGGAAGAAGCUGUUGAAGAGUACGAAAUUGAAGCAAUUCUCGCGCAUAAACGAGUAGGGAAAAAAAUUAAAUAUCAUAUCAAAUGGAAGGGAUACGAGGGUCCGGAUGCUACGACUUGGGAACCGGAAGAGGCUACUGAUAAUGCGAAGGAGUUAAUCGAAGAAUAUUGGCGGAAAUACAAGUCUGGUCGCAAAUCUACAGAAAACGGCUCAGUUUCACGCAAAGGUCGUAAAUCUACUGCAGCAGAAUCUCCAGCCAUCUCUACCACCCGAAAACGCUCUCGGAAUGCGGAGGACUCGAGCGACGAGAAGGAGCUGGCAGCCAAGAGGCACAAAGAGACCAGAGCGGGUACCUCGUCGGUGGAACCUGACGAGAACGAGUCAACUGGGACGAAGAUAGUUGACGGAGAAUACAUGAAAAAAUACACGAGUUUGAGCUCGUGGGAACAACUUGUCGCAGAGAUAGACACUGUCGAACGAGAUGCGAAGGACAGCUCCAAGUUGAGCGUCUAUUUCCGUUUAACAAAAAAGGCUGGUGGCGAACGGGUACGUUUGGGGUCCUCUACAUGUAAUCAAAAAUUCCCGCAGAAGAUGAUCAAAUUCUACGAGAAAAAUCUCAGAUGGAAGGAGACAGAGGUGGAAGAAGAGGCGUAAUCCCGCUCCGAUGUGUUCUGUUUCGCGAUUUCGGCUGUUUUUGUCCCGAUUGUCCAUCUAUGCUGUCUGCCUUCCUUCACAGAUGUAAAUAUAACUUUCUUCGCCAGGUCUCUGAACCACCCAGCCAACUCUUCAAAUUGCACCCGGGGAC